AUGCUCUUAGAACAUGCCUUGCUCUACAUUGCCGUGCCAAUCAUCAGCUUUAGUCUCCUCGUCUAUAUAUUUUAUAUUUUGAAAAGAAGACAUCGGAGUUCAUUAAAUGUUGGAUACCCAUAUCCGCCACAACAGAGAGGACCAAUUCCAACUGCUCCAGUAGACGAAGAAGCUCCUCCAUACGUUGAAGCGGUCACAUGUCGGACAGACAACAUAUUUGCAAUCACAGAACCCGACCUUUCCCGAUACUACAACAUGCACUAUCUCGAUGAGUGCUAUCCACCAAAUUUCAUCGCCCCACCAACCGAGCCACCACCACCGUACCCAGGACUCGAGAAGGGACCACCACCACUUGACCCUAUCAUCUAUCAUCGAGAUGAUAUUUGCUAG